CGUAGCCAUUUUGGCUCACGGGCUGGCCGGCGUCUCGAGUGCAGCAGAUGCGGUCCUUGCGAGGUGUAUUUGGCAACACCUGGUUAGUCCUGCCGAUUUUGGGUGCGGUCUUGAUUGGUGGCACCGUCUACCCGAGCUUGUAUGCCCAGCGCGCCAGUGCCACUUCGCAGUAUGUGGCCGCUAUACCUGGUUCUCUGGGAACGUUGGGGUCCGUUGGUUCGAACUCACUUCCGAUCCAAACGUUGGAGAACGUCGGGAUAUUGAACAUUGGGAGCGUCGGAAGACUGAACUUGGCUGGGUCCCCCAACGAGGUAAACGUGACCAAGUCUCCGAAAGGGACAGACGCUGCUAGUUCUCCCAACCAUGGAGACGUGGAUGAAGACAAGGUGGAAGAGGCGAAUGCUGACGUGGCUAGGUCUUCCAACGAGGUAAGCGUGACCAAGUCUCCCAACGCGAAAGAAUCGGCUACUUCUCCCAACCAUGGAGACGUGGAUGAAAACAAUGCGGAACGGGCGAAUGAUGACUUGGCCAGGUAUUCCAACGAGAAGCGCGUGGCUAUGUUUCCCAAUGGGGAAGAUAUGUUUUGUUUUCAGGGGCAAUGUUCGUUGCGCCGUGAUCGCGAGAGCGCGGAGUUCCCAAACUUUUUUCUUGGUGUCGGUCCUGGGAGAUCUGGAAGCACUAGCCUUAUUUCCGCACUGAGAGAUCAUCCAAGUGUGAUUGUAGGCGACGCGCGAAAUCUGUACAUACUGGACAAGGUGAGGGAGUGUGCGAAAGGUCAGAGCGCGUACGUGGAUUUCUUCACCAGCGACACGAAAUCAAAAAGGAAAACCCAUUGGUUCGGGGAGAAAACUCCCAUGUACUCGUCGCACCGGCUGGUCCCCUUCCGGGCGAGGGCCAUGUUUGGCCCCUCGCUCAAGUUGUUUCUCACCUGGCGCAAUCCAGCCCAGAUCUUCGCGUCGCGGUAUCUUCAAUUGUAUGAAGAGUCGAGGGCAACUUUGAAGGAUGAAAAUUUUAGGCAGUGGGCGGAUCGUCACUUGGACACUUUCAGGGGAAUUGCAGAGUGCCGCAAGAACCUGCUGCAGAAGUUUAGUUUGACGGAGCGGAUGAUUUACGAUUCGACGUUUACCAUUCAUGCGACAGCCGCAAUGGAAGAGUACCUUGUUCGAUUGUGUGGCCACAUGGGUGAUGGUCCGCAUGCAGCUUUGGAAGGUCGAGGCAUGUUCCGUCGGUGGGCUCACGUUUUUGGUAAAAGUCAAGUGUUGUGUGUAGAUGUGGAAGACCAGAACUCUAGAAUGAACUGGGUGCUCGACCGGAUUGCAGCGCAUCUGGGCGUUGAUCGAAAAGGUUUCACUGAUCAGCCUAGUGCCCACAAGCGCCUCAACGCCUCGUUCGACAUUCUUGCGCGGAACCAGAUGCGCUACGGCUCACAAGCGGUCAAGGAGAUGUGGGGCAGCAUCGCGGAGAUCCAGGCCAUAGAUCGUGAUAGUUUGACGUUAGAAGACCUGCGCUUAUUCUCAGAGUUGUGCGGUCAGUGAUCGCGCUCUUGUUUCACCCGCACUCCUCUCUUGCCGCCCCCCUCAGCCCUGGCCAGCCCUGGCCACUUCCACUUUCACUGACUUUCGAACUUCCCCAGCUUCACUCGUCACGCGUCGCCAGCGCGCACGUCUUAGGAGGUGUUUGCUUCUGAAGGCCUCGCGCGGCGCGUGAUAGUAGUGUGGUCUAGUCCACAUCAGGGGGCCUCCAUAAUUUCCUCAUUAGCUCCUUGCGGCCAGUGAAUGUGGGCUCUCGAGGCCCAUUCGCCAAUGCGGAGGGAGAGAGUUGCAUAACAGGCAGGUCGGGAGCUUGCGGCCGAACAACAGCGUGAACAUCCUCUUUCCGAGGUCCGCGCGGACCUCCGACAGUUUAUGUCUAUGCCGUCGUUGUUAUUCCUCUACAGUCGGGCCGCUGAGAA